AUGGUGGAGAAAAUUUACGUCACUUACAAUGAGGUGCACCAGCUCUGCCAGGAGGCUGCAGGCCCGAUCCUGGAGCGGUUCCAGCCGCAGCUCAUGAUCGCCAUUGGCGGUGGUGGCUACGUGCCGGCACGAAUCCUGCGCUCGUUUCUCAAGAAGCCCGGCUCGCCCAACAUCCCGAUCCAAGCCAUCGGCCUGUCGCUCUACGAAAGCCUGCCGACUGACGACGUCGCCGAGGAGCCUGGCACCAAGGUCACCCGCACCCAGUGGCUCGACCUGUCUAGCCUCGGCUCCAUGAGCAAUCUGGUCGGCAAGCGCAUCCUGAUCGUGGACGAGGUCGACGACACCCGCACCACGCUCGAGUACGCCGUCAAGGAGCUCGAGAAGGACGUCGAGACAGCCCGGCUCGCAAUUGGUCCCAACGCCGCCAAGACCGAAUUCAGCAUCUUUGUCCUCCAUAAUAAGGAUAAGGCAAAGAAGGGUGCCCUCCCCAAGGAGAUGAUGGACUCGGGCCACUACAUUGCUGCCCGCACCGUUGGUGACGUCUGGAUCUGCUACCCGUGGGAGGCAACAGACAUUGAGGCUCACGACGCGGCGGCCCGGAAGCAGCUGACCAACGGCCAGAACUAG